AUGGAUGACAGUAUCCGGUCGCCGAGAUCGCAACAUGGUGUACGUGGGACUUUUAAUCGAAGUUAUAAACCAGAGCCACCAAGUCGAAAUUGGUAUCUCCACCGACUGUACCUCCGUGCCGAAUUUAAAGAGUGCUUGCGAGUAAUUGAAGAGAUAUUAAAGGAGCACCAAGGACUUAGUGAAUAUCCACUAUAUGUCAAAGCUUUAAUCCUUCGACAAUCCGGGCGAAUUCAAGAGAGCUUGCAGCUUUUCCAAGCUGCCGCGUGUCUGAAUCCAGAGAAUAAAGAGAAUCUUAAACAGGUUGGACGAUCACUUUAUCUCUUGGGCAAACACACAGCUGCCAUUGAAGUGUACGAGGAGAUCUUGACGAUGGGACGCGUGGAUGACUGGGAGAUUUUUCACAGUAUGGGGCUAUGCUAUAUAUUUCUAAAGGAUUACGAUAUUGCUGCACAGAACUUCCAGCGAGCCAACACUAUCAAUCGUCAUGAUGCGACGUACCUUCAGCUUGGUAAGGUUUAUACGCUGAAAGAGGAUUUUAAAGCUGCCGUUGACGUCUAUUUAGAGGCGUUGGAGUUUUCACCCGAAAAUCCAGCGAUUUUAACGACACUCGGCUUACUGUAUCUGCGAGCUGGCGAUAGCUAUCGCGCUUUUGACUAUCUGGGCAAUUCUCUAACUCAUGACCCGCGGAACCCCAAGACGAUUCUUGCAGCAGGUUCCAUUAUUCAGGAUAAUGGUGAUAUGGACGUUGCUCUCGUAAAAUAUCGUGUGGCUGCUGCUCAAACACCGAACUCGGCGCAAUUGUGGAACAACAUUGGCAUGUGUUUCUUUGGCAAGCAGCGAUUUGUGGCGUCUGUAGCGUGUUUGAAACGGGCAUUAUACUUGGAACCGUUCGAGUGGAUCACGUCGUAUAAUCUAGGCCUUGUUCAUUUAAAUACGGGCCAGUAUGCAUCGGCGUUUCAAUUUUUUAGCGCUGCGAUCAAUCUCAAGUCAGAUUUUCCAAGCUCCUACAUGUACUUGGCAAUUACACUGAGUCGCUUGGAUGAUUUUGAAAAUGCAUGUAAUGCAUUUGAAAAGGCUAUCGAAAUGGAGAGAGACCAUAUGUUUCACCUCAAUUACGCUAUCACGCUGUACAAUAACGACGAGAUGGAGCGAGCAAAGGUCCAGUUUGACCGGUUUGAGGAGAUAUAUGAGAAUCUGGAUGAAGAGACCCGCUCGGCCGACUCUGACGUGCUAGAGCAGCGUCAAGCUUUGCUCACUGCAUUAUUGAACUGA